AUGGUUCGAAAGCAAAAACAGGCGUCGAUCCUCGAGUUUUCCUUCCAACAAGCACGUACGCAAGCCCAUGUGGAUUUGACCGAGGACGAGCCCAUCAUACCGAAAAUUACCCCGGAGCCUAUCCUAUGUCCCGUAUGCGCCACCACCAUGGAACCAUGGGACAUGGAUUUUCGAAUCAAGCAUGUGGAGGAGUGCCUCACAAUGAGCACUGUGAAAGAAGAGGUGCCUGUGAAAACGGAGGAGGUGAAGAUCGAGACUUUUGAAGAGGUAAAGAUCGAAACUGAGCGGCUGCAAAAUGGCACCAGCGAUGAGGUGAAGGAGGAAGUACCGGAAAGACCUCCGCUUCCUGGAAAAAGCUCGUCUUCUAAAAAGAGAAAAGCGUCGCUUUCAGCCGUACAAAAAGACAGGCUUCGGUAUGUCAACUCCAAGGAGGAGGUGCCCAAGCGGCAAAGACUGAGGAUAGAGCUGGAGGAAUCACCAACAGAACUUCUACCGUCUUCACGGAAGACACCCAUUCCAGACUUGAAGAUCUUGACAUUUUGGCCCGACUACGACAGAAAAUACGAAAUCUCCAUGGACGCCUUCAGUUUCAAGCCGCACGAGACGAUUACCCAGUACUUCUUAUCGCAUUUCCAUUCAGACCACUACGGAGGCAUCACCAAACGGUGGCCUCGUGAAAGAACGCUUGGUUCGAAAAUCAUAUACUGCUCCACGAUCACAGGUAAGCUACUAGCGAUCAAGUUCAAGAUCGACCCGGAGUUCAUCUACCCGAUGGACCCUGAUGUGCGGUAUAAGGUAUAUUCCUAUGAGGGUCCCGAAGAGGCCCACCCUUCACAGGAGAAAACUCCUGGUAUUUAUACGACGCCGAUCGACGCCAACCACUGCCCCGGAGCGGUCAUUUUUCUUUUCGAAUCCGUUAAUGUACGAGGCGAAUCUACAUACAAAUUGCAUUGUGGUGACUUCAGAGUGUGCCCGAAAAUGGUCAACCAUCCAGCGCUACGACCUUUCCACAUCGAGCUGAAGCUGCCGCUAAAAUUGGAAAAGGUGUAUCUCGACACGACGUACAUGUCGCCGAAAUACAACUUUCCAAAACAGGAGCUUAUUUGUUCCAGUGUGGCAGAUAUGUUUUCAGACCUUGUGAGCGACGAUAAGCUUUUUGGCGAGUGGUUCGGAACGCAAGCACAGAGCCGAAUCACAGAUUUUCUUUUCCGAGGGGCACAGAAGAAAAAGAAGAAGUUUUUGAUUUUGGUGGGCACCUACGUCAUAGGCAAAGAGAAGCUUGCGAUCGCCAUAUCCAAGAAGCUACAAUGCCCCAUCUACAUCUCCAACAUCAACAGCCGAGGCGACAAAAAAGAUAUCAUCAAAGCUUACGGUGACGCUUACCUCGAUUCGGUUAUCACAGACGACGAUCUCGGCAACCACCCCAAUGCCAUCAUCCAUCUUGUCCCCAUGAAAAUCGUGGGUCAAGCACAGGAAAUGGCCAAUUAUUUCAACCACAACGAGUACUUCAAGCAUUUCGAGCGGUGUAUCGGGCUUCGGCCCACGGGCUGGACCUUUGAAAACCAUGUCACCGACGAUAAUUUCGUUGAUGCUGAAGACGAAGUGCCCAUGUUGGAAGCCCAAGGCGUGAGUCUCGUAUCCCUGGUUAGUGUUCUUUCGCUGAAACCCGCCUACUCAUACAGACACGAUGUUCUCCGGCAAAACCCACCAGACAAAAUCAAAAAAGGCAAAAUCGACAGCUCAACGUGCAAAAUAUACUCCCUACCCUACAGCGAGCAUCUGUCCUUCAGGGAGCUCUCGUACUUUGUGGUAUUUUUCAACAUCGGCGAGGUCAUCCCCACCGUGAAUGCCGAAAACGACUGGACCGCUUUGAUGGCUACGUCGUCAUUGGUGUUGUUGCUCAAAAUACACUAUGUCAACCAAUUGGAAGAACCCACCAGCCUACAUGCUAUCAAUGUACCCUUCAUCCAGUUGAUCCCUAGACACGCUAUCACACACCCCUGGGUGUUUGUGACGGCGAUUUUUGCGGAGAUAUCGAUCUCGCUGUUCUUGGUUUCCGCCGCUGUGCUUUUUGCCGCCACAAACUACAUCGAAAAGUUCUGGGGCCCUACGGAGGUGCUCAAGUUCAUUGUCUUGGUCGGCUCCAUCACAAAUUUGACCACGGUCAUGAUUGCCAUCGUGAGCAAUAUAUUCAGAGAAGACGUGGGCGGCAUGGACAAGCCAUUGGGAGGCGGGAUCUCGUACUUUUUCGGGUUCCUCGUGGUGAUCAAGCAACUCAUCCCCGAGCACCAUGUCAUCUUGUUCCACGGUCUCAUCAACUUCCGCGUGAAACACGUUCCAUUCAUGCUUUUGGUGACGGUAAGCUUGUGGUCGUUGCUUAGCUCGAGAUCCUUGUACCCUGCCGUGCCCUCGGUGGUGUCCUUUUUCGUCUCAUACAACUACUUGAGAUUCUACCAGACCUUCUCGAGCGAUCCACUCUUGCCAGUUACGUCGGUCAGCGGUGACCAGAGCAACGCCACCGUCACAAGCGGAGACGCGUCCGAUGCCUUCCAGCUCGUGGACUUCUUCCCUCGCGCUAUCAAGGCGCCCGUAUCGGUGGUUGUCAACCUGAUUUACGACGUGAGUGUGCUUUUGGGCAUUGUGACGCCGUUCAACGACGACGCUGUCGAACAGAGUAACUUGCGUGCCCAGAAGCUCUCUGAGCAAGUGAGCCAGGCGAACAGGCUGAUUGCCAACUCUGUGGCUGAGAGAAGAAGGCAGGUUGCCCUUCAAGUGAUCGAGGACCGCGUCGGUCUGACAUAA